UAUUUUAAAAACUUAAAAAAAUAUUACAGGGUACAUUUACUAAAUUAAAUUACAAGUUACUCUUGGGUUUUAUUGUGAAGUUUCGAUCAGGUGUUGUAUAAUAUUACAUUAAACAAGUUAUUAUCAAAACCACUGCGUGUCGCUCUUGUACCACUAGCUCCAAAUUCCCGAUGAUCUUUGCCCCUCCUCACUGAAUGAGCACCUCCUUUUUUCUCUCUUCCUUCUCUCUCAUUUUAACCAUCUCUACAUUUAUUCAACUGCUCGACGGGAAAUGUGAAUUUUAAUUUAUUACAUUACUACAUGACGAUGUCUGGCGUGACUUCACUGCUGCAAGUGCCCUGAUAAAAUAUUUUGGAAGCUGUGGAUUUAAAGAUGCAGCUUAAAAUCUGAUAAAGGCUUGGAUUUCUUUUGUCUCUGACUGCUGAAUGUAACGGAUCGUCUUUAACAGGAGGUUGUCUAACUCUCAAUCAUUGAGCUGCAGAUUUCCAAGGAUUAUUUCGUACACACUUGGGCACUUGGACAAUACAUCAUGCUCAUGCAUGCGCAGAAACAUUUAUUUUUGAGCUUUUUCUCUGUUUUGGCGUCUCAUGUAUUGGUGAUUGUUUCUGGACAGAUCAUAUAUAAUGUGUUGGAGGAGGUGAAAGUUGGCACUACUGUUGGAAAUGUAACUAAGGAUAUUAACCUGUCGGUAAAAGAACUAACCUCGAGGGAAUUCCGUAUCGUGUCCAGUGCUAAAAGGCAGCACUUUAGAGUUAAUAAAGAGACCGGCGCCCUGCAGGUGAGUGAACAGAUUGACCGAGAAGAGCUCUGCGCGUCAGCUUCAUCGUGCUCUAUGAAUCUAGAAGCCGUAGUCAAUCGUCCUCUUCAGCUUUACAGGGUAAAAAUAAACAUUAUUGACGUUAACGAUAACUCCCCGUCAUUUCCCGUUAGUUCAACCCAUUUAAAUAUCACCGAGAUCACCGUUGUGGGCGCGCGCUUCCCUUUACAGAGCGCGCAUGACGCAGACAUUGGGGCCAACUCCUUGAAAACAUACAAGCUCGGUUCAAAUGAAUAUUUCUCGCUAGAUACACAGACACACAGUGACAAAACUAUUUCUGCCGAGUUGGUCCUCAUUAAAGCUCUGGAUCGAGAAAAAAAUCCAUUUGUUGACCUUUUAGUUACUGCUAUUGAUGGUGGAUCACCUGCCAGGACAGGGACAUUAAAUAUUAGAGUUAACGUUUUAGAUAUCAAUGACAAUGCGCCUGUUUUUGCUAAGGCAUUGUACAAAGCUUCCAUUGCCGAGCAUUGUGCAAUUGGGACUACAGUUAUCAAGCUUAAAGCCCAAGAUUUAGAUGAUGGAUUGAAUGGAGAAAUAGUGUACUCAUUUAUUAGCCACACGCCUCAGAAUAUUCUAGAUAGGUUUGAGAUUGACCGACAAACUGGAGAUGUUAAAAUAAAACGGGCUAUUGACUAUGAAGAGACAACUGCGUAUGAGAUCCGUGUCCAAGCCACAGACAGGGGUACUGUGCCUAUCUCGGGCCACACCAAACUUUUAGUCGAGGUCUUGGAUAUCAACGAUAACCCACCUACAAUAGCUAUUACGUCUCUUCUUAAUCCAGUCGACGAGAAUGCUGGAAAAGGUACGGUUGUGGCUUUAAUGACGGUAUCUGACCCAGACUCUGGCAAAAAUGGAGCAGUCGUCUGCAGCUUAGCUGGUUUGGGUCCAUUUAAAUUACAGUCUUCCUUCAGAAAUUAUUACUCGCUCGUGUUAGAUGACGUACUUGACCGAGAAAAGAUUACAGAAUAUAACAUUACACUCAUAGCCGAAGAUGAAGGAAUUCCCCAAAUGUCGAGUAAAAAGUUAAUACAUGUACUAGUAGCCGAUGUGAAUGACAAUGCACCUCGCUUCCCAGAAAAGACACAAUAUGCGUACCUGCGAGAAAACGGUAAAGCUGGCUCAUUUGUAUGCACACUUACUGCUACAGAUGCGGACACAGGUGAUAAUGCUCUCAUAACCUACUUUCUGCCACAAACUACAAUCAAUGGCACGUCAGUUUCGUCGUUGUUUAAAAUCGACUCAUUAACAGGCGAGAUAGAAAGCUUGCAGUCUUUUAACUAUGAGGAAAUAAAAACUUUUCAGUUUAAAGUGCAGGCCAUAGACUCUGGUGUUCCUCCACUCAGCAGUAAUGUGAGUGUGAGCGUUUUUAUUCUGGAUGAGAAUGACAACAGUCCUGGGAUUCUCGCGCCCUAUUCUGAGCACGGCUCCGUUAACACUGAGAACAUACCCUACUCUGCUGAAGCGGGAUAUUUUGUGGCCAAGAUCAGAGCUGUGGAUGCUGAUUCCGGUUACAAUGCGCUGCUUUCUUAUCAUAUCUCUGAACCCAAAGGAAACAACUUGUUCCGGAUCGGGAGCAGCAGCGGGGAGAUCAGGACUAAGAGGAGAAUGAGUGACAAUGACCUGAAAACUCACCCGCUGGUCAUUUUGGUUUCUGAUAAUGGAGAACCUUCACUGUCAGCCACUGUGUCUAUUGACAUUGUGGUGGUUGAAAGCACAAGUGACAUUCAGACUACGUUCAAACAUAUAACACCAUUAAAGGAGGAGAGCUUCUCGGAUUUAAAUCUGUACCUGCUGCUCGCCAUCGUGUCGGUUUCAGUGAUCUUUUUACUGAGCCUUAUCAGUUUAAUAGCAGUAAGAUGCUACAGGACAGAGAGCAGUUUCAACAGGUACAGCGCCCCAGUGAUCACCACACACCCUGAUGGGAGCUGGUCUUACUCCAAAUCUACUCAGCAGUACGACGUGUGUUUUAGUUCCGACACACUGAAGAGUGAUGUAGUUGUUUUCCCUGCGCCAUUUCCGCCUACAGAUGGAGAACUGAUCAGUAUUAAUGGAGGAGACACUUUCACCAGAACACAAACUCUGCCUAGUAAUGAGAAGGUAAGAGUAAUUAAUUUUAUUAUGAAGGGAACCAUACAGUUAGUCACCUUGUGGUAUUUGGUGCUUCUUCUGCUUGAGUGCUGCUUGAAAACGGCUAAGGGACAGCUUUCUUACUCCGUGUCUGAGGAGACGAACCCCGGGGCAUCGGUGGGAAAUAUCGCGAAGGAUUUAAACCUUGAUAUUAAGGAGCUGGAGUUACGAAUGUUUCAAAUCGUCACCGGAUCAAAGAGGAAAUAUUUUGAGGUAAACCUAAAGACGGGAUUUCUUUAUGUGAACGAGAAAAUAGACAGAGAAGAUAUUUGUUCUAAAACGCUGAAGUGCACGGUCAGCGUAGAGGCAGUUAUUAACAACCCUUUGAAGCUUUACCGAAUUGAGAUCAAUGUUAUGGACGUUAAUGAUAACGCUCCUACUUUCAGCGAAAAAUCCUUAACACUAGAUAUUGCAGAAAACGCUCUUCCAGGUCUUAGACUCACUCUUCCUCACGCCACCGACUUAGAUGUUGGUAAAAAUACUGUAAGUACGUACAAGCUGAGCCCAAAUGAUUAUUUUUCCUUAGCGACAACGAAAGGAGCUGAGCACAGUGUAUCUGCCGAUUUAGUGCUGCAGAAAGCUUUAGACAGAGAGAAACAGCCUGUGAUACACCUCACACUGACCGCUGUAGAUGGGGGUAGCCCACCCAAAUCAGGGACAUCUCUAAUUGUAGUUAAUGUUUUGGAUAUAAAUGACAAUGCGCCGGUAUUUAGUAGACCACUCUAUAAAACAACCGUUUCUGAAAAUGUACAUGCUGGUACUACAGUUGUAGUGUUAAAUGCCACGGACAUUGAUGAAGGAAUGAACAGAGAAAUUCGCUACUCUAUUAUUAAAAGGGACCAAGAUGAAAUAUUGGAAAUUUUUGAUAUAGAUUCAAAAACAGGGGUGAUAACAGUUAAAGGAAAGAUAAAUUUCGAAGAACACAAUGCAUUUGAAAUCCGUGCGCAAGCCAGUGACAAAGGGCAGCCCCCACUGGCGGCACACUGCAAGGUGUUAGUUGAGGUCCUGGAUCUAAAUGAUAACGCUCCCGAAUUAACAGUGACAUCGCUGCUGCAGAGUGUGAAGGAAGAUGCCAAACCUGGGACUGCUCUUGCACUUGUGUCUGUGACUGAUAUAGAUGGUGGGGAAAAUGGCGAUGUAAAUUGCAUUGUUUCUAACAAAACGCCCUUUAAACUUGAGACAAAUUAUAAGAAUUAUUAUUCUUUGAUAGUAAAUGGUCCUCUGGACAGAGAGACACAUUCUCAAUAUAACGUUACUCUUAUAGCCACAGAUAAAGGGACCCCUCCUCUCUCCAGCAGUGUUGUAAUUACUGUGCACGUUUCUGACGUAAAUGAUAAUGCGCCACGCUUACCAGAGACGGUCAUUAAUGUUUAUGUCAAAGAGAACAGUCAGAUUGGAUCUGUUAUUUACACAGUGUCUGCUUUUGAUCCGGAUGUAGGUGAUAAUGCCAAAAUAACGUAUUCAUUAAUGGAAUAUUCUACUCCUAUAUCAUCACUGGUGAACAUAAACUCUGACAGCGGAGAUAUCCACAGUUUACAGUCUUUUAACUAUGAGGAGAUGAAAACGUUCCAUUUUAAAGUGCAGGCCACAGACUCUGGUGUCCCUCCACUCAGCAGUAACGUGAGCGUGAACGUUUUUAUCCUGGAUGAGAACGACAACAGUCCCGGGAUCCUCGCGCCCUAUUCUGAGCAAGGCUCCGUUAACACCGAGAAUAUCCCCUAUUCUGCAGAAGCGGGGUACUUUGUGGCCAAGAUUAGAGCUGUAGACGCUGAUUCUGGUUACAAUGCACUACUUUCUUAUCAAAUCUCUGAACCAAAAGGAAACAACUUGUUCCGGAUUGGAAGCAGCAGCGGGGAGGUCAGGACUAAGAGGAGAAUGAGUGACAAUGACCUGAAAUCUCACCCGCUGAUCAUUUUGGUGUCUGAUAAUGGAGAGCCUUCACUGUCAGCAACUGUGUCUAUUGAUGUUGUAGUGGUUGAAAACACAGGUGACAUCCAGACUAAGUUUAAACAUGUUCCAUUAAAGGAGGAGAGCUUCUCGGAUUUAAAUCUGUAUCUGCUGAUCGCCAUCGUGUCGGUUUCAGUGAUCUUUUUACUGAGCCUCAUCAGUUUAAUAGCAGUAAAAUGCUACAGGACAGAGAGCAGUUUCAGCAGGUACAGCGCCCCAGUGAUCACUACACACCCUGAUGGGAGCUGGUCUUACUCUAAAUCUACUCAGCAGUACGACGUGUGUUUUAGCUCCGACACGCUGAAGAGUGACGUAGUGAUUUUCCCUGCGCCAUUUCCGCCUGCAGAUGCAGAACUGAUCAGUAUUAAUGGAGGAGACACUUUUACCAGAACACAAACUCUCCCUAGUAAAGAGAAGUUGGGAUACUAA